AUGGCCAUUCUUCCACAGAAAGAGGCCGCAGUUUCACCAACGCCAGCCAACUUCGAUCAAACGAAAGAAAAUGAACAACACAAUGAAGAAAUCGGUCUCGGAGAUCGGCAUCAACAACCUCAUCAUGCUGUUGGUUUCUGGCACCCAUUGAUGAGAAAAGUACGCGCUCAUGUCAUCCGGUUGUGGCUGCGCACCAUCGCCAUCCUAUUCCUCUUCAUCCUAGCCGUCCUAUCUCUGUACUGGGCAGUCCUGUACCGGGCCGAGGCAAAUCUCAGGUCACUCAUCAUCCACGUUGUUGACUUUGAUGGCCAGGUUGCUCCCUUUGAAUCAGUUCAGCCUAUUGUCGGUCCCACGGUGUUGCAGAUCGUCCAACAGUCAUUAAAUAAGCCGGGGCCCUCGCUGGGAUGGACGGUUCUACCCCCUUCGAGCUUCGAUAACGACCCCAUGGCCGUUAGGAUGGCAGUAUACAAUUGGGAGAGUUGGGCCGCUAUUAUCAUUCACGCCAAUGCGACCGCGGCUCUUCAGGAUGCUGUCGCGACUGGUGACGCCAAUUACAACCCAGCAGGUUCGGUGCAAAUCAUCAUACAAACAGCGCGAGAUCAGACAACCUACCAAAGCAACAUCCAACAGUACAUCAGCCAGUUCACAGAAGAAUUCGCUCAACAGUUUGGAAAGCUGUGGGGCCAGAUAGUGAUGUCAAACUCAUCACUGAGUCGAGACAACCUCGCGAGAGCAUCCAGCGCUGUGAACCCGGGAAUCGCACCGUUGAUGAUCGACUUGCGACCCUUCCAACCUGCCACAGCCACGCCUGCGGUCAGCAUUGGACUGAUUUAUCUCAUCAUCACGGCGUUCUUUUCGUUUUCCUUCUUUUUACCUAUUCACUCUAAAUAUAUCCAACCGCAAGGACACCCACCUCUGCGCUUCUGGCAGCUCAUCGUAUGGCGGUGGCUGGCAACUACCGUCGCCUACUUCCUCAUCUCCUUAGGUUACAGCUUGAUAUCCCUGGCAUUCCAGAUUCCUUUCAGCGCUCCCUCGGCCUCGCCAAUCGAGCCGGCACCACCUGCGGGCGCAACGGCGUACGGGCGGGGCACUUUUCCGGCUUACUGGAUGCUGAAUUUUGUCGGCAUGUCGGCGCUGGGCCUUGCCUGUGAGAACGUUGCCAUGAUCAUAGGACAGCCGUGGACUGCCCUGUGGCUGAUCUUUUGGGUCAUCACCAAUGUCUCAACGGCAUUCUAUGCUAUCGAUCUAUCUCCAGGGUUCUACCACUGGGGCUACGCUUGGCCUCUCCACCACGUGGUCGAGGGAAGUCGGCAGCUGCUGUUCGACUUGCGUUCGAGGAUCGGGCUCAACUUUGGCGUUCUGUUUGCGUGGACCGCUGGGAAUACUCUGUUGUUUCCCCUUUGCUGCUACUUUAUGCGGUGGAAGACAGAAAACGAGAAGAGAAAUGCGGAAAGAGACAAGGAUCGGUAUGUUGUUGAAACAGAGGAUGGGGAAAAGGAGUUGAAAAAGCCGGAGGGUACUAAGCCUCCCAUCAGAAGGCAUGGAUUCAUGCGAGGUGUUUGA